GCUUGACUCUAGCCAUGUAAUGUAGAAAAUGAUGUAUCUUUCCACAGAACCACAGCGUCAACAUGGUGAGUUCGAGUGGCUUACUCACUAAAGUAAGAGAACCAGUGGUGCCGAAGAGCAUUGCCGUGACUCUGUCCAUCAACGAUUUUGUGGCUGGUGUGUCUGCAACCCUAAACUAUGAGAAUGAAGAGAAAACCCCCUUAGAGACCUUCUUUGUGUUCCCCAUGGAUGAAGAUUCUGCUGUCUACAGCUUUGAGGCCUGUGUGGAUGGGAAGAAAAUUGUGGCAGAGUUGGAGGACAAGUAUCAGCCCCACAAAAGGUAUGAAGAGGCUUUCUCUGGGGGAUUUCAGCCUUACUUAUUGGAAGAAGACAAGUGUUCCAGGGAUGUCUUCUGUUGUAAUGUGGGGAACCUGCAGCCAGGGUCAAAAGUGUCACUGACACUGAAAUAUGUGCAAGAACUUCCCUUGGAAGAUGAUGGAGCCCUGCGCUAUGUGCUCCCGACCAUCCUGAAUCCUAGAUACCAUCUCUCUGAUCAAUCUGUGGACAGUUGCCUGGAUUUGAAGACCCCGAUAGUUCCCUUGGAGGAAUUGCCUUACACACUCAGCAUGGUUGCCAACAUCAGCUCCCAGCUUGGUAUCAGUACAAUCCAAUCCAACUGUCCCUUGAAUCCCAUUGAGUACACUGGAGAUAACAAGACCUCGGCUCAGGUUUCCUUGGCUGACGGACACAAGUUUGAUCGAGACGUGGAACUCCUGAUUUUCUAUAGAAAGGUGCACAGCCCCAGUGUAGCUGUGGAGAUGGGAACGCCUGAAAAGCCAUCAGAUAGUUUAAUGGGAGCACCUUCUGCAAUGGUGAGUUUCUACCCAGAAUUCCCAGAAGUGGAUACCACAACAAAAUGUGGAGAAUUUGUGUUCCUUAUGGACUGUUCAAAAAGCAUGAAUAACCCUAUGAGUUCCAAGAACAAGUCUCAGCUGAAAAUAGAUGCUGCCAAGGAAACACUGAUUCUGCUACUGAAGAGUUUGCCCAUGGGCUGCUAUUUCAACAUCUAUGGAUUUGGAGCCACCCAUGAGGAGUUCUUUCCAAUCAGUGUGAAGUAUUCUCAGGAAACCAUGGAGAUGGCAGUGGCAAAAGUAAAGCUUUUGCUGGCUGAUCUAGGAGGGACUGAACUUUUAACACCACUACGGAAAAUUGUGAGGAAACCCCCAAUCCCAGGGCAUCCCUUACAGAUCUUUGUCUUCACAGAUGGAGAAAUUGUUGAAAGUUUUAGUGUAAUCAGAGAAGUUAAGUUCCGGAGCAGAAAAUACAGAUGUUUCACCUUUGGCAUUGGAGAAGGAGCCUCCACUAGCUUACUCAAAAGCCUUGCCCUGUUGUCAGGGGGCACUGCAGAGUUUAUCACAGGCAAUGACAGGAUGCAGUCCAAGGCCCUUAGAUCCCUGAGGCGUUCUCUACAGUCUGUAGUAGAGGAUGUCACUCUGAGCUGGAAUUUGCCUCCGGAAAUGUUUGCACCUGUGCUAGCUCCAGAACAAACUUCUGUCUUUCGGGGUCAAAAGAUAAUCAUCUACAGCUUAUUUAUUGGAAAAAUACCACAAGAAGAGGCAACUGGUGAAGUGUGUCUCUCAUAUAAGCUUCAUGGCAAAAGUUAUGAAGAAAAAAUGACAUUUUCUCUACAGCCAAAGUCUGAUGACAACUUCACCAUUCAUCGUCUUGCUGCAAAGUCCAUGAUUCAGUCCAAAGACUUUGGCUUCAAGGAGACAGCAGCAAUGUAUAGAAGAGAUGUGUUGGACAUCAGCCUAGACUCUGGAAUCAUAAGCUCCUUCACAGCCUUUGUUGCCAUCAACAAGGAGCUCAAUGAACCAAUCCAGGGGCCCCUGCCUCAUAGGGAUAUUCUAAGGCCAAUUCUCAUGGAUGGACGUAAUAGAAGGACCUCUGAUGCUUACAGCAAAAUUGUAUUCUGCCCCAGUGUUGUUCCUGUAAAUCAACUUCCAAAGUGGUUGCGCAAAAAAAACAAUCCAAAUGGUAAGGGUCCUUUAAGUUCAGUGUAUCAUAAUGGCUGCUACAAUCUCAGAGAAUGCUUGCCUUACCAAGGUUUGUCUCUCACACACCAACUAGGCACACCGCAAGAGCCUCAGAAGUGCUAUCGGGUGAAAUGUGUGAUUCCUACAGAUACUCGCCCUGAGUUGCCCCACCUGGUUAAAUAUGACAGUUCCCCACAAGGGAAUAAAGAGCAUAGUAUUGCACAGCUGAUAAAUCUCCAGAAUGCAGAUGGCUCCUGGGAUAUGAAUGAAGAUUUAGUUAAGAUUCUAGGUACUAGUUUGGAAGACAUGACGGCUGCACGCCCUAGUGAGGUAUUAGAACCUUCGGCUUGGGCUACGAUGCUAGCUGUGCUUUGGCUACAUGAGAAUGGCAAGGAAUUGAAGGAGGAGUGGGAGCUUCUGGAAAGAAAGGCUGUGGUUUGGCUUCACAAAAAUGCAGUCGAUGGUUUCACCAAGGCCAUGGAUACUGCCAACAAGUUCUUGAAGACAUCAUUGAGUCCCUCCAUCUUCAAUUUAUGAGAGUGGUGCCUGGGAGAAGGGCAUUCUUUCCUGCCUCCUAUCACAUCCUUCACCUUGUCCAUUAAGAUAGAUUUGUGUCUUGGGUACCUUACGACCUGUAUCAUACUAUAAAAGUAAAGGAUGAGCACAUGGCUUUGGCUAUCUAUUGUAGGUCCCACUGGUUAGAACCUUGGGUGUCUGUGUAUCCCCUAAGACAAGUGCUGGUAGAUAUAGAAACUGUUUCCUAUCUUCGAGUAGUAUAGGACAUUUGCAUGUAGUGAUGUUUCUCCUAAGUUUCAAAAACAUAUUUCACUCCAGUCUAAGGACUAAGAAUCCCUGCAUCAAAUAAUUGUCUUCAUUGUCCUUUUGGUACACACCUUUCAUUUUAUAUGCUUGUCAUUAUAUACAUUACAUUGUCAGAUACAAUUUGAAUGUUUCCAUUCUUGGAAGAAGUUGGAUAUAAACUGAAAGCCAACUUCAGAGUCAACGUAACUUCAAGAUCACAGAGAAUCAAGGUUUCCAUUUUGUUCACUGCUUCUGUUGGGAACAUUCUUGGUGUACUCUAUGUGGCCAUUGUCAGUCUAUACUCCAUACUUUUUUCUUUCUCCUGCCUAAAUGAUUUGAUAUGAGUCAUACCCAUCAACAGAUGUCUGUCCUUAACCAUUAAUCAUUCUGUAGGAGGUUAAUAACGAGUUGUUUAGACCUAGCAUUAAUCCAUUAAGCCCGUGAGUUUGGUUAUGGCCUGUUUUACUCAGAAUUAAUGUAGGUUUUGCUGAGAGUUGAGUAUGUUUCGUUUUUCAUCCCAUAAAGUAUCAGGUUCCCAAAUCACUCUGACCAUUGCUUUUCACAUACCCUAUCAUAUUAAAUGAUUCCAUUCCUCCAGAUUGCUGUUAUACCAAUAUUAAAAUGGCUAUUCUACUAUGACUUUGUGUUGGUCUUUUUGUCAGUUGAGUCAAUGAACAUAAGUUAUGUUUUAUUAUCCCAUUUUCAACCCCAACACUAUGGAUAUGUCCAUCGAUAACACCAUAUUUAUUGAUACGAUACUGAAAGCGGGGCAUGGUUUGUGCCUUCAGUCAGAUUUGACUACCUGUCUCCAAAAAGCCUAUUUAUAAAGCUAAGUUAAUGGUACAAAAUAGAAUACAAAAUGUAUUCAAUAUAGUUACUCUGGGAAGAGGAACAGAGAGACCCAAAGCUUCUCCAAGUUCAGCUAGCCCAACACUUCCCCAAUCUGAUUUUUCCAAGUCCAUCAUCUUAAGGAUACUAAAGAGGGAUUAAAAUUGUAACAAAGGGCCAAGCAGGUAUAUCCAUAUGUAUAUAGAUACAUAUAUAGAUAUAGCAUAGGUUUUCUAGGUCAGUUCCCAUUUAGGGUGGGGUGGGGUGUCUAUUGCUCAUUAAUCCAACAUUCAGAUUGGGAGACAUCAAUGUCUCUUUAGAAAAAAGAAAGAAAAAUAUCUUCAUUUCUGCCAGUCCAGCUCCACUGUCACAAUAUCCUCUGUUGGUAGGCUAUCUUUUUUUUUGUAUUUAAAUAAACUUGAUUUUAAAUGUG